AUGGCGAGAGAGGCAUCGUCACUAAAGGCAAAGCACGUUGAUGUUCACCUACUGUCGGUCAAAGACCUUGGCCGCGUCAGCAAGUUUCUAGGCACGCUUAAUGGUGACGGAGGCUACAAUCUCGAUCAGGAGGAGGCGAUUGGCGAUCUCCUGCGUACCAACGGACUUAUGGAUGCAAGCUCGGUGCGCGCGUUGAUUGGUGACGACUGCUAUGAAGAGAAUCUUGACGGAGUAGCGAUGCUUGGAGCGUCGAACAAGCGGUCUGGCCCAACGAUACGCGAGUUCCAGUCACUCGUGGGCAGCUUGCUAUGGGUUGCGCGCUGCAAAAAGCCCGAAAUCGCCUUUGCGGUGCAUAAGGCCACGCGCCAGACACACGCGCCGCGCUUGCAUGAUUGGAUGCUUGCGAAGAGAAUCGUUCGGUAUGUGAAGGGCACAGUGAGCUUGAAGGUCACGAUGUCGCCGGCGCAAAACCGUGACCAAAAAGUGUCUCGACGGGAAGCGUUUAGCGACGCUGAUUCUGCGGUCGAUAAGGCCGCGCGGGGGAGACAGGAAGUCGAUGACCGGCAGCGUGCUGCGCCUUCACGGCAUGGCAGUGAGUUGAGGCGCGCAUAA